AUGCUUUUAUAUGAUAGUUUAAAUUUUACCAUUUUGUUCUUGGAUAUACAAUGGAGUCAACACUUAGGAGAACAAUUUGGACCAACAAAUACCAACAUCGAGGUACAUUCGUGUGUUCAAUGGGAAGGGGUAAACACUACGAAGCAUCAUUUUCCAUCAAAAAUUUGGGUAGUAAAACCAACUUGGGAAGCAACUCUUAAAAUUCUCAGCAUCUUGCCCAUCAUUCUUGUGGGUAUACUGGCCAAUGGUGGAUUGAUCUACAUAAUAAUCCGUGCUAAAUCUUUGCACACUACUACAAAUCUUCUCAUCGUUAACAUGGCAAUUGCAGAUAUAUGUAUCUGUAUUCUAUGUCCUUGGAUGUUUCUCUGUAUUGAUUUAUAUCAAAAUUAUAUACUUGGAUCCAUUGGUUGUAGAUUAGAUGGAUUUAUAGUGCACGCUUUGACAUUAGUUGCUGUAUUUAAUUUGAGUGUAGUUAGUUAUGAUCGUUUAUCUGCUAUUGUAUUAAAUUGCUCUAGUAGAUUAACAAAAAGAUCUACACAUUUGCUGCUUUAUGCUAUAUGGAUUUUGGGUAUAAUAGUUGCAACACCAUUAUGUAUCUUUCGAAGCUAUUACGAAAGGCAAUGGAGUAAUUAUUUGGAAACAUAUUGUACCGAGGAUACUGUAGUGUUAUAUCCAUAUUGGCAUGUUUUUGCAGGUUUAAGCGUAUGGGCACCAUUAACUAUAAUGGCAAUAUGUUAUUCUGCUAUUCUCAUUAAGCUAGACAGAUUUGAAUCGCAAGCAUUGAGAAGUAAAUAUCCAAUCACAGUACGUUACAAAGGAAAAGUGGCUCGUGUUCUAGGUAUUAUUGUCUUGACAUUUAUCUUUUGUCGUGUACCAUUCACAAUAUUAAUCAUUCAAAGAGCACGUCUUUUACAACAACCUUCUAAAUCGGGACAAGCAGAAUCUAUGUAUUUUCUUUGGUAUAUAAGCAGGUAUCUUGUUCUUGUUAAUGCUGCAAUAAAUCCUCUAUUAUAUGGCUGCAGUAGUAGUUCUUUAAAAAAAGAAUUAGCACUAUGUCCUGCAACGUCUUGGCUUAUUUAUAAACGGAAAAAGAAAAUACAAGAAUCACGUAGUAAUCAACAAUUUAAUUCAGAACAAUUUAAUUGUCUGAAACCUCGAUCACCUUGUAUUCGAUUAAAGUAUUAUCAAAGAAGUAGAAUACCAAAUAUUUCCUCAAGAAUUUCUCCAAUAAAUUUGGAUUUAAGUCCAAAUUAAGAUACUCUUAUCAUUAUCUUAUGUUAAUAAUAGAUCAUUAGUCGAUUGAUCGUUAAGCAUUCAUAUUAUUUUUCAUUUAUAAUAUGAUAAUUCAUCUAUUAAAAUGUUUAAUAAAAUAAUUAAAAAUAGGCAGUUCAUAUGGUAUCCAUAAUUCCAUUUCUAAAUCAAUAAAAUGCAUAAGUGGAACAAGUAUAAAAUGCAUUAUUUAAUCGGCACGUUCCUAAGAGAAUCAGCAAUCGUUUUUCCACCAUCCGACGUAAGCAACAAAUUUCCGUUCCAAGAUGCUUCUCCACUAUCAUUUACUAUAAGAUCAACCUAUCAAAAAUAAAUAUUUCAUAAAAAUCUCAGAAUCAUACUUCAUUAUAUUUAUAAUUUUAUCUUUUUAAUGAAGUUAAAAAGUUUAAAAAUACCUGCAACUUUUCCCAAACUUUUUUCUUUGGAUUUAAAACUUCAUCCGGCGUUCCACUUUCAUAGCCCUCUACGAAAAUUCUAUCACCAGGAUUACUAUUUUCUGGUGGUCUCAAAGGUUCAACUUGCCUUGUUGGUUCGUCUCUGUAUAGAUCAUUAAUAAUGAUAAGGAAAAAAAAAAAAAAAAAAAAACAGAAAAAUAAAAAAAA